AUGGCACUAGGAGCUAAAAAUAAACUCGUUUUUAUUGAUGGUAAGUUACCUAAACCUCCUCCUAAUUCAGAUGAUUAUAGGUUCUGGGAUGAUUUGGUUGAGAAAUAUGGGAAGUCAAAUGCACCACAAUUAUAUUCUAUCAUGAAAGAAAUGACUGGGUUGACGCAAAAUGAGAUGAGUGUAGCUGAUUAUUAUGGUAAGUUGAAGAAGUUUUGGGAUGAGUUGAAUGUUUUAAAUGGUUUUCCAGAGUGUUCUUGUGAUGUUUUAAAGGACUCAAAAUACGAUAGUGUUAGAGAAGGUAUUCUCGCCAUGGAUACUUUACCAACUAUAAACAAAGCCUUUCACCUUGUUCAACAAGCAGAGAAACAGAAAGAGAUAAGUGAGAAUAUUGAAACUGGUUCUGAAGCUAGUGCUUUAUUCUCUAACAAGGGCAUAUUCUCUGGAAUACAACAUACUAAAGGACUGUUUCAGAACAUGAAGGGAGGAAUGCAAAGGAAGGAAAGCAAGGAAGAAAAAAUGAAAAAGUAUUUUUGUGACCACUAUAAGAUGAAGGGUCAAACUAGAGAGGGAUGUUUCAAGCUUAUUGGCUAUCCUUAUUGUAACCACUACAACAUGAAGGGGAAGACUAAGGAAGGGUGCUUCAAGAUACAUGGGUAUCAAGACAAGGGUAAAGGUCCAGUUCAAAAAGGGAGAAGAAACUUGAUCUAUGCUGGUAAUGCUGAGAGUAAGGAAGAAAACAAGAAUUAG